UAAUAUGUAACUAACAUGUGUGUCGUUUUAUACUGUAUAUAUAGGCAACCGGUAGUCGCACAAAGCCGCAUCGGAGUGCCAGACCACGGUUAUGGUAUCGACGAGCACCAUGAUCACCAUCAUGAACACCAUCACGAGCCACUGAAAGGCUACUGGAAGAAGAAACUCAUCUGGAAGCCUGACUGGGUUAAAACAUGGAAACCAGGCAAGAAACAGAUCUGGAAGCCUUCAUGGAAGAAAAUCUACAAGCCAAUUUGGGUACCAACAAAGAAACAGGGUUGGAAAGAAGUGCAUGUACCGGUCUGGAAAAAAAUAUACAAGCCAAUAUGGGUGCCAAUCAAAGUGCCAGCGUGGAAAGAAAUACAAGUACCAGACUGGAAGAAGAUAUACAAGCCAGUGUGGGUAUCCAUCGACGUACCAGCCUGGAAGGAAAUAAAGGUGCCAGACUGGAAGAAGAUCUAUAAGCCAGUGUGGAAGCACAUCGAAGUACCMGCGUGGAAGGAAGAACAGGUGCCGGACUGGCAUAARAUACACGUACCUGAGUUGGUCAAGGCAUACGUACCCGGAUCUAAGCACUUGGGCAAGGACUACCACGGAUGGGAGUACGAAGCGCACGACCUGUGGAAGAAGAAAGUCGUAUGGAAGGUCCACUGGAAGAAAGUAUGGAAAACAGUGAAGAAGCAAAUCUGGGUGCCAUCCAAGAAACUCGAAUGGAAGGAAGACUGGGUGCAAGUGUGGAAGCCCGCGAAGAAACAGAUCUGGGUCAAGGACAAGAAGUUGGAGUGGAAGGAAGACUGGAAGCAGAUCUGGCGCACCGAAAAGAAACAGAUCUGGGUUCAAGACAAGAAGCUCGAAUGGAAGGAAGAUUGGAAACAAGAAUGGAAAACAGAAAAGCAAGAGAUCUGGAUUCCAGACAAAAAAUUGGAAUGGAAAGAAGAUUGGAAACAGAUUUGGAUACCCGACUGGAAAGAAAUUUGGCUGCCAGCGUGGAAGAAAAUCUGGAAGCCCGUGUGGAUAUCCGAAUGGUUCCCAAUAGAGGAACACCAUCACCACCACGAGGAGCACCAUGAUUCUCAUGGUCAUGAUGGGUACAAGAAAAAAUGAAGACUGAAUUGUUUCGAAUAAUCGCAUCAUAUAUUACCCAUGUUGUGUACA